GGUGCGGCCGUCGUAGCACGCUCGCAACCCGCGAUAGAACGAGUCGCGCCCGGCCUUACGGCACAGUGCCGCGAGUGAGCGCCCUCCUGACGCCCGAGCUGCCAUGCGCCGGCGGUGAGCCCGCCGCGCCGCAGUCAUGCCGCGCGUCAAGCCCGCCACCGUGCGCCGCGUCUCCAUCGGUGAAAGCUCCGGCUCUUGUUCAGAGGAGGAAAUUAACAAUGUCUUACCCGAGGAGGCGAGACAUCAACCCGAAGCACACAUGUGCCCGCGCUGCCAGGAACAAUUCGAGAAUCUACAUGAAUUCCUGUAUCACAAAAGACUUUGCGAUGCGAAGGCAAUUCAAAUGGGCGAGGAGAGAAUGCACUCCGAUCCCGAAGAAAUGGUCGUUUCGGGCGAUGAGGAGAUGGACGGGCCUAAUAAACGGUUAGAGCAAGUACGAAGGCAUCGCCAAGACGCUGAAAAUAAUAACAGCCUCGAUGACGGUGAAGCGGAAGUACCGGAGGCCGACGUCCCGCCCGUAGGACUGCCUUUCCCGGUGGCCGGUCAUGUAACGCUCGAAGCCUUACAGAACACGAAAGUAGCCGUCGCUCAAUUCGCCGCGACCGCGAUGGCAAAUAAUGCAGAUAAUGAAGCGGCAUUGCACGAACUUGCCGUUCUGCAGAGUACAUUGUUUACACUGCAGCACCAACAAGUGUUUCAACUGCAACUGAUACGUCAACUACAGAACCAACUGUCACUAACGCGACGGAAAGAUGAGCAGCGCCCGAGCCCACCGCCCCACGAGCCUGAGCCCGCCACACCUGCUCCGCCGGCCCCCUCGCCGUCGCCGCCGCGUCCGCCGCGGGAGCCCUCCCCCGUACCCACUCCCCCUACGAGCCAAACCUUGCCGUCAACCCAUGGUCACCUUACGCCUAGACCGGAACCGAUCACCGUUCCCAAGCUCCCGACCUCGUCGCCGCCAAUGAUGACUCAUCCGCCCUAUAGCUCCAUAUCGUCAUCGUUAGCGUCUUCGAUCAUUACGAACAACGAUCCACCGCCAUCCUUAAAUGAGCCAAAUACUCUUGAAAUGCUACAAAAGCGAGCGCAAGAAGUUCUCGACAACGCAUCUCAAGGCCUGCUAGCCAACAACCUCGCCGACGAGCUCGCUUUCCGGAAAUCCGGAAAGAUGUCGCCGUACGACGGAAAAUCUGGAGGGCGAAACGAACCUUUCUUCAAACAUCGAUGCCGGUACUGCGGGAAGGUUUUCGGCAGUGACUCUGCGCUGCAAAUCCACAUUCGAUCGCAUACAGGUGAAAGACCAUUUAAAUGUAACGUUUGUGGAUCUCGAUUUACAACCAAAGGCAAUUUAAAAGUUCAUUUCCAAAGACAUACUGCGAAAUUUCCGCAUGUGAAAAUGAAUCCUAAUCCGAUACCGGAACAUUUGGAUAAGUACCAUCCUCCGCUAUUAGCACAGCUGUCGCCGGGGCCGAUUCCCGGAAUGCCACCCCAUCCACUUCAAUUCCCUCCGGGUGCACCAGCACCUUUUCCGCCAAGCUUGCCGUUAUAUAGACCACCGCACCACGACUUACUGCCGCCGCGCCCGCUAGGCGACAAACCUUUACCCCCGCAUCCACUGUUCGCAAUGCGAGAAGAACAAGAUGCUCCGGCCGAUCUCAGCAAACCUUCAGCGUCGAGCCCACCCCGUGCGCCCGACAUAUUCAAAUCGGAACCGCAAGACGACGAUUGUCAGCGCGAGUCGAGUUACGAGGACAACGAUCGAGUGUCCCCAAAGCGAGAACCCGAAGAAAAUGAAGCUGGUCAAGAUGCGGAACAAGACCGAUACCCGUCAACGUCCCCGUACGAUGAUUGCAGCAUGGACUCAAAGUACAGCAACGAAGACCAGAUCGGCAGGGAAAGCCCGCACGUCAAGCCCGAUCCAGAUCAGCCGGAAAAUCUCUCAAGUUCGGAGAGCGGGCGCAGCGCGCGCGCGUCGCCGCCAUCGCCCUCGCCCUCGGCCUCGCCUUCGUCGCUGUCGCUGUCGCAGUCGCUGUGCUCGCCGCGGGCCGCGCAGCGCUCGCCGCCGGCCUCGCCACAUGACCACCUCGCGCACAUCGCGCACCCCGCGCACCCUACGCCCCUCGCCGCGCUCGGAGCUCUCGGCGGAUCGCCCUUCAGCCCGCUUGGCCUCGCGUUCCCUCCCGCAGUGCGCGGCAACACGACGUGUAACAUCUGCUACAAGACAUUCGCCUGCAACUCCGCGCUCGAGAUCCAUUACCGCAGCCACACCAAAGAGCGGCCCUUUAAGUGCACAGUCUGCGACCGAGGAUUCUCCACAAAGAGCAGUGGCGGCGGUUGCCAGUGCGGACGGCGCGCGCGCCCACCCCGCCCACCGCACGCCACUGCUUUGGACCUCUGGAACGCCUUCGUCUACCCGGGUAACAUGAAGCAACACAUGCUGACGCACAAAAUUCGCGACAUGCCACCCGGCUUCGACAAAGGCAGCAACGGGCCUGGGGGACCUAACGAAGACACUCGGGACCCCAGUCCGGAUAGACGCUCGUCGCCCGACAAGAUGGACCUCAAGAGAUCCCCGCCCGCGCACCCGCCGCCGCCCAUGACGCACGCCCCGCCCAUCGACAUGCCUCCGCUGCCCAAACGGCCUACGGUGUCGAGCACGCCAACACACCCUCCGUCAUCCGCUUCGUCGAAGCACCUGUGCGGCGUGUGCCGCAAGAACUUCUCGUCGUCGUCAGCGCUGCAGAUACACAUGCGCACUCACACGGGAGAUAAACCCUUCCGCUGUGCUGUCUGCCAGAAGGCCUUCACUACCAAAGGAAAUCUUAAGGUGCACAUGGGCACACACAUGUGGAGCGGCGGUGCGUCGCGGCGCGGACGGCGAAUGUCGCUGGAGCUGCCACCGCGCCCGCUGGCCGAGCCGCACGACCUGCUGCGUCGCCCGGACCUAUUCUACCCUUACCUUCACGCGCCCUUCCUCAAUGGCAUGCAGCAGAAGCUGAACGAGAUAUCAGUGAUUCAGCAAAGUGCCGGGCAGAACGGCGUCGCCGGCAAGUUCCCCGGGUUGCUCGGGUUCGGCGCGUUCGGCGGUGGGCGGCCGGGCGCCGCAUCCCCUCUAGAGAGGCCACCCUCGCUGGAGGGCGGCGACGAGCGGCAGGCGGCGAUGCGCGAGUUGGCGGAGCGCGGCCGCGAGCUCGCUGAGCGCAGUCGACAGAUGCGCGACGACGGUGACCACUACCGCUCGCCGGGUGCGCAUGCGCCGCUGCAGCCGCCCUCCGCGCAACCCUCGCCGCCCGCACCGCAUCACCCGCACCCUCACCCACUCGCCUCCUUGCCGCCACCCGCGCGUACUGAAGGGCUCACCGUAUAAAUGCGCAAUAUUCGAAAUAUUAUACACAUUCCAUUGCAACCCAGCGUUAAUGACAUCGGGAGCGAAUCCACGGCAGACUAGCGGUGGGACUUCGUCGGUAUCGAGUGCGGAUGGUUCGCCCGGCGAACGACGUGUCAAUCCUUAUGUACAAAGAUGUAGCAGUAUGUUGAGCCGAGGACUGAUAAAGUAACGACACAAGAUGCGUGUCGGUUGUUAGCGUAAGAUGUGCCGAUCAUAGCGCCAUGUAACGAGUUGUUAUUCCACGUGUUAUAACGCCUAGUAUUAAUAUUAAGUAAGUUAUACGCACGAGUACGGGCCUGGGGCAAUCGGGGGCUCGCUGAGUCCCACGUUUAUGUCAUUACUCUGUGAUAGCGCACAUGCAGCGGCCGCGCCUUGUCGCCGGUCGCAUGUGCUAUGCAACAUCAAAAGUAAUUAUAAAUUAUCCCAAAAAUUAAUUUCAUAAAUCUAUCUAACUUUAAAUGUAUAUAAAAUGUAUGAUAGUAGUGAAGAAACGAAUAGUUAAAAUGCAGAAUAAAAGAUAAUUAAUUUUAUAUUUAUACAUUGCAACUGGAGUGCGAUAUGCAUGAUUUCCAUCUUAUACCACAUUCCAACUUGUCUCUUUAUCUCAUAGACGAAAAUAAUUCGACUUAAAUAUUAUGUAAACUGUAGUCCAAUUCAGAGAUUGCAAAAUUUCUUUAAGCAAUGUAUUAUUUGGUUAUAAAACUAUUGUAAAGGAAAUUAUUAAAUCCAUGUAUUAAAAGAAAUCAAAGUAAUGUAAUGUCACACUAGGUAUUCAACUACUUUUAACUAUUGUAACAGAGGUUAAUGACAUAUUCAUAUCAUGUAAAUUUUAAAAAAGUAUUUGCAUUUGAGGUCUACAUAGUUAUAAGUAUUUAGAGUCAUAGCUAUUAUGUAUGCUUUAGAAUACUUCAACAUAUCUUUGUAAAAUAUGUGAGCGACUGGUUUUAACAGACUUUAAAUGUUUAUUUGUUACUGUAAGUAAUCAUUUUCCAAAAUCAUCACCACAGACUGAAUGAUCGAGAUGUUCCCAAAUGCAUUAUUUUCCAAAUGUGCAUUUUAUCGAUGCUUACAAAAUAAUGGUCAAUAUUUUAAUAAGUUUUAUAAUGGUUUUCGUUCAUUCGGAGUGAAUGAAAAAUGAAUGUUUUAUAUUUGAAGCCUAGGCAUCUGUGUAUAAAUGUCCUAAAUAAAUUAUUUAUUAUAUAACAUAAAUCAUGCAUACACUCUUAGUAUUAAAGAAGCGCUUGUUGGCGUUAGGCCGCACGCAACAAUUUAGUUGUCUAGAUUAAAUUGUCAUAGCACCUACGAGUUAUUGGUUUACAAGUUGCAAAUAGACUAGAGUAGCCUUAGCCAUCAGUAUGAUGUGUCAUGUCAUGUCACUAUAAAUAAUCAUUGUAAAUUAUUAAAUGUUUAUGUAAAUGUCCAAAAAGUAUUCAAAUUAUUUAAA